CCUGACAGCAGCAGGAUGUUUGGCUCUGUGCUGCUCUGCUGUUGGUCCUUCAGUCUGCUGCCGCUCACCUCCUCUCUGGUUCACGGAAACUUACAGGUGGAUGAAGGUGGCCGCCGCGCUGAAACCUCCUACCUGUCUGAAAUCGAAAGAAGCCACGCCCCCGACCCUGUGCACGAGCCCGCCCUCCUACCUGUGGACUCUGUGGAAGAUCAUUUUCUGAUGGACACGGGGUCCUACGAUGAGGACACGUCAGCAGCCCUGCAGCUCCAGGGUCGGGCCAUGCGUUCCCCUCGUCGCUGCAUCCCUCACCAGCAGUCCUGUCUGGGCUACCCGCUUCCCUGUUGUGAUCCCUGUGACACCUGCUACUGCCGCUUCUUCAACGCCAUCUGCUACUGCCGCCGGGUGGGCCACGCCUGCCCACCCAGACGCACCUGAUAAUGAGCUGCUGCGAUGAGAAGACAGAAACACGCGUGAUCUUUUUGUUACGUGUUGGAUUAAAUGUGCUUUGUGUAAUAAAUAACUGAUGAGGAAAGAGGCUGUAAUGAUGGCAUUUUAACCUGAAAUUGUGUUCACAUGUGAGUCAAUGACAAAGAAAUCUAUGCGGAGAUUUAAUCCUGUGAAGUCUGAGUCAUCAUGAGAGAACCCCAACCGUAACCCUCUGCUGUCAGAAGGACUCGGACCUCCAGCCUUUAAUCAUGUCGGCAGGUGUCAUUAUAACAGAGCCAGGCUGCUUGUUAUUCACUGAUUUCUGUAUAGCGAGGCUAACUCAUCCUCAUUCAGGUCCUGCUGCACGUCAGGCUGAAACUCUGCACACAAAACUCUCCUCGAGUUCUC